GUUUACAAAGACAUGGCGGCCGCUGUGAUGGCACGGCGAUGCCCUCGUUAUACCUUCGUGCUUCGUUAUAAUUCCGACCGAGAGUGUAUCGCUUGAGUACAGGCACCAAUCAUUAUCUCAAAUAUGGUAAGCAUUCCUCUAACUUUCACAGGACAAUCAGCAGCCUCCUAUGCAAGGUGGUGCGGAUGAUGGGGCAGCAGAAGACGAACGGCACCUGAUUGAGAAAGCCAAGCAAAUUUACCUGAAAGGGGUGGCUGCCGAGCGAGCUGGACGCAUGCAUGAUGCCAUCUCACACUACAGGAGAGCUCUACAAAUAGUCCCAGACAUUGAAUUCCGUAUGGCCAGUGGCAGCGAAUGGUCUGUAGAUGAGGAAAGCAGUGGCUCAGAAACGGAGUGUGAUGAUGAUGAUGACCCAUCCUGUAGCAAUGACAACAGCGCGUCCCUUCAUCAGCGCAUCAAGAUGGAAACUUCAUCAGCUAAUGUCUGCUCUGUGGCCUUGGAACAAAAAGCGACACACAUCUCUGACCUUCCUCGGGAAGUAUUCAUGUUUAUACUGCGCUGGGUGGUCUCUUCAGACUUGGACAUCUUGUCGCUUGAAGCGGUGUCAAAGGUGUGCCGUGGCUUCUACCUCUGCGCGCGGGACCCUGAACUGUGGCACACCGCUUGCAUCAGGACAUGGGGUGAAGGUUGUGGUCAAUUGAACCAGUACGACUCUUGGAGAGAAAUGUACAUUUGCCGACCUCGGAUCUGUCACAAUGGUGUCUACAUCAACCGUACCACCUAUGUGAGGCAUGGCGAGUCAUCGUUCCAAGAUUCGAGCUAUCGUCCAUGCUUUCUAGUGGAAUACUUUAGAUACCUGCGCUUCUUUACGGACGGAGUGGUGCUAAUGCUGACAACACCAGACAACCCGUAUGUCUCCCUGGGGAAGCUGCGGUCUCGCCGACCAGCUUACGCAUCUGUCCUGCGAGGAAGCUUCUGGCUUGAGGGAACCAGAGUGAAAGCAGUGUUGAAAAAACCUCCUGUGAAGAUACUGCGAAAUUCUGGCUGUCGGCGAGGUGGCCGGCACAGUGUGGAACCAGACCAAGUCUUUCAUCUGGAGUUGGAGCUGAGAAGCGUGCGAGGCCGCACAAAUGCACAGCUGGUGUGGAAGAGCUAUGCCAUUCACAGUUACUGGUUGGGCCAGGAGUCAGUGGCCACAUUUGACUUGACAAGCAAUGCUUUUCCACCAUUGUGGUUUUCAAGAGUCAAGAGCUUUACUUUAGUUGCAGAAUCCCCACUUUGACACACAUAGGAUAGCUGCAUUGUGAGAGAGAUUCUCGUGAUGUGGUCAAAGUAUGCUUGUCUCAGUCAUUUUACAAAAUAUUUUCUUUCCGUAUUUUAAGUAUAGGUGACAAAAAACAAACCGUAUUGGUGUUACAAAAUGAUUGUUGCAUGUAUAAUAAAAUUCUACUUGUCAGAUGUUGUA